GACUUUCCUCCGCUGUACUGAGAGGCUGUGAACUAGUUAUCUGUGUUUUGGGGUAGUAUUUAGCUAUUAAAAUUGUGCAAUUAGCUGCAUUACAGCAGACACGGGCAAACAUGUACCGCUGCAUGACAAGGUGCCAGUGCUGUUGAUGCCGUCUAGCCUCCACACCUGUUGCCACCCUCUCUAGAGGACAUCAAUGUGGUGUUAGGGAUUCUGUACUCAAGUGAAAGUGGGACCAACACACUGAGUGUGUGUAGUGGAGGAAGAGUGUGUCCUGCCUUUGUGCCUCCUUACACGCAGUCGCCAUCACGGACCACGAGAGACACAACAGAGGAGAAACAUAACAGGCUGGCCGAGCAGCGUUGGCAGUGUUCAGUCCGCUGCAUGAGCUCUGCAGCCAGGAGGAGGAGAGCUCUGCGCAGUGCCUUCCCAGUGCUGGAGCAGCCCCUCCAGCCCAUCCACCGACAUGUGUAUGAAGCUAACCUCCGAAACAGCAACGCCUGCCAUAAGAAGUACGUGGAGUUGAGCGAAAAGGUAAGGAAAGGAGGCGGGGAAAAUGCCAUCACCAGACACACCCAGAGAAACAGGAAGUUGCUGGUCAGGGAUCGGCUGCGCCUCCUGCUGGACGAUGAGGACUUCCUGGAGUUGUCACCAUUUGCUGGUUUGGGUCUGCCGUACGGGGACAUCCCUUCAGCCGGCUGCCUGACUGGUAUUGGCAGGAUCAAUGGCUUGUGGUGUGUGUUUAUUGCCAACGACGCCACAGUGAAAGGCGGCACAGCUUAUCCAAUCACAGUGAAGAAGCAGCUACGGGCACAGGAAGUAGCAAUUCAGAACCGCCUGCCUUGUGUUUACCUCGUCGACUCUGGAGGAGCUUUUCUACCGUUGCAGUCAGAGAUCUUUCCUGAUAAGAACCAGGGAGGAAGGACGUUCUAUAACGAAGCCAUCAUGUCUGCCAUGAAGAUCCCCCAGGUGUCGGUGGUGUGCGGCUCAUGCACGGCGGGUGGAGCGUACAUUCCCACUAUGGCAGAAGAGACAGUGAUGGUGCACCGGAUAGGGACCAUAUUCCUGGGAGGGCCACCACUUGUCAAGGCCGCCACGGGAGAAGAAGUGACACCAGAGAACCUGGGAGGAGCCAGGCUUCACGCUGAGGUGAGUGGCUGUGUAGACCAUUUCGCUUGGGAAGAAAAGGAGGCGUACGAUUACACCAGAAACAUCAUAUCCACCCUCAACUUCCAACUACCCGAAGAAGAGGAUGAGGAUGAGCAGGAGACGAAGAGGAGGAGAGCGGAGGAAGAGCCGCUGCAUAGUUCAGAGGAGCUUCUGGGGCUCGCUCCCAGAAGUUAUAACUACAGUCUGGAUGUUAAAAUGGUGGUCAGUCGGCUGACGGACGGGAGCCGCUUCCAGGAGUUCAAAGCUCGCUAUGGAACCACACUCAUCACUGGCUUUGCAAAGAUCCAUGGCCAUCUGGUGGGAAUAGUAGCCAACAAUGGAGAGCUGUCAUACCAGGCUGCACUCAAAGGAAGCCAUUUUGUCCAGUUGUGUGACCAGAGAGACAUCCCCCUCCUCUUCCUCCAGAACACGGCACCCACGGCAGCUCUAACACUCUCCAAAACACAGGCAGAGAUGAACAGUAACCGUCUGAAGGCUCAGGGUUCAAUGAUGUCAGCAGUCGCGUGCGCCUCCGUCCCCAAAAUCACUGUGGUGAUUGGUGGUUGCCAUGGUGCCGACAGCUACGCCAUGUGUGGGCGGGCCUUUGACCCUAAUUUCCUGUUCCUGUGGCCUAACGCCAGAGCAUCCAUGGCAGCUCCAGGUCACUCCGGCUCUCUGCUUCCCCCUGACAGCGAGCAGGAGGGGGAGCAGAAGAAGAAGCUGGAGGACGACCUGAACAGGAGGUUAGAGGAGGAGAGCUCAGCUUUCUUCUCCUCCGGCAGGCUCUGGGACGACGGAGUCAUUCUGCCUCAGCACACCAGGAAGGUUCUCAGAGACUGCCUGGACAUCAUCAGACAGCAGCAGUAUCAGCUUUCCACAGAGAAACUGCAGUCAACACUUUUACGUGUAUAGAAGCUUCCAUCCUUCUCCUCCUCACCACCUGUGGACUCCACCGUCAUCUCUGAGAUUAAACUGCUGCUGAAAGACUUGCACCAGAGAGAUCUGUUUGUAUCUCGUGCUAACACUUUUGCAUACAGUGUGAUUCGUAAUUGUAGGGGAUGAGAACUUGUAGCAGCCCUUGAAGACUUAUGGAGCAGCAGAUUACCCACUUAAUAUUUAACCUAUUUUAUCAUAGGCCAUAUUAUAGGUACGUAUAUGCUGCUCCAAAUUAAUCUCUGUGAGCUACUUCUGGUUAUAUUAAGUUGUUUUGUUUUGAUUACUCAGGGCAUAUAUUAAAAAUUCAUAUCAAAAUCAGAUCAGUAAAAGUUUUAUUUCAUAUUUUGAAGAACAUAAAUCACCUCCAAUGCAAAGGUGUUAGCAUAGACACUGUAGAGACAGACCUACAGCAGAAACAUUACCCAUCCUAAUGAACCAAACCCUAUCUGAAGGUGGUGGAUGCCUUGAAAGGUCCCAGAAGAUGUGAUCGUGAUGUCCUUAAACCUGCACAAAUUGACUUUUUUGGCCACUGGGGGGCAGCACAAGAAGCUGUAAACCCAACAUCAACAUCUUUCACAUUAAAAAAAACCAUAAGAACAGUUUAUAGAAGGUGAUGAUGCACAUUAUGACUGCUGUUUAUAUAUGUGUGCUAAUUGAAUGUUUUGCACAUGACAUAGAGUUGUCUCAGAAUAAUUUAUAAUUCACACUCUCUCAAAAUAUCUGCCAGAUACAGGACUGAAAUGCAUCUUCACAGAUCAUCUCCACCCUUGUAGUUGUCAUGUCAAAAACAGUCAAAACAAUUUCACUUUAUUAUAGUUACAAAAUGUCAAAUGAUCAUCAUAAUGCAGUUGUUUGUAUUUGUAUAAAAGGAGAAAAAAAUGUAAAUACCUUUUAAAAUACUUGAUGCAAAAAUAUUGUUUGUAUUUAAUUGUAGUUCUUCACAAGGAUGAUUUCACAAAUAUGCAGGUGCUAUCUAAAUUAUGAAAUCAACCACUUUCAAUGCAGAGAAUGAAUGUUUUAACAAGAAAAGAAAAAGUAUGAAGUAAAGUCAAGCUAUGGGUCAUUUCUCUUUACACACUGUUUUUCUCCACGGGCCGAAGGACGCUGUUCAGGUUUCCUUCUCAAGGAAGACACUGUUUCAUUGAAAUCAACAGACACUGCUAACUAUAAGAUUAAUAACUGCUGUUUGCUGUUUAGGAAUAUAAUGCAUGCAACAUAUUUUACAGUAUGUCCCAAGGAAAAGAAAAAUGGGGAAAAAAUCAUGCUUAAAUUCGAAUCAAAUUUCAAAAGAUUGCAUUAACCUGAUAAAUUGCUAAUUAAGAGUCACAGCGAGGCAUCUAAACUACUUCUGAGAAGUAAUGAGUUACUUGUACAUAUCUGAAGCUU